GUUUUCCCAAAAGAAUAAUAAUAAGUUAAAAAUGCAGAAGGAACAACAAGAGAGAGAAAAAAAAAUCCAAAAUUUGUGUCUAGGAGAGUUUCAGUGGCUCUGACUUCAUCUAUGAUAUGUGUUGUAAGAAGAGAGUUAGAAGAGAUAGAUAGAUAGAUAAUAAGUUGAAAAUGUCGAAGAUGAAAGGUUCCACGUUUGAAAAGGACGUGCCAUGGAGAGCUACAUCUUCAUCUGUUAAGCCAAUACCUAAAAUUCAUCACUCUCCAAUUCUUCGCGUUUCCCAUACACCUUUUUCCGACUAUGCAAUUUCCAUCAUGAAGCAUCCAGACCCUAUAGGUGAUGGUUUGGGUGAUGAGGCUAUUGUGGAAGCAGCUGGUCCUGAAUGCAUCAUACCUGGUCAGAUUACUCCCGUCAGACUACUUGGCCUCAAGGUCUGGCCUAUCGACAUUGACCUGAAAUUUUUGGAACCAGUCGGGCGAGAACUUAAGGCGAUGGGCAAGGUGAAUUCUUUUAUAUAUAUUUCCUACAUGCAUGGGAAAUAUUGCUGUUCAUGGACGACGCUGUGGAACUUAUGAACAAAUCCUUCAUUGAUCGUUGAUACGGUGGCCUUUGUGAAAGAUGAAGCUCCGGUUUGUUUUGUAUCCAAUCUUACAUUUUCUCAAGAGAGCAAUAUAAAACAGUUUUGUAAUUUUGUUAUGUACUCGUUCCCCAACCCCUCCUUUUCUUCGGUGUCUCAUUUUCUUCUCCGAAAACUCUUAUUUAAUUUCAUAAAAGUCUAUAAAUAUAUGAAGUUUUUUUUUAAUUUA